AUAAUAAUAGUAAUAAUUAUUAAUAAUGUGGAAACAAAUACUAACUGUUUUAUUGUUAGCAUCGGGUCUGGUAUCGGGACGUUUGAUUAACACGACUGGCCGUAAUCUAAUCAAACAAUAUGAAGGUUUUCGGGCAAACUUUUAUGGCGAUCCAGUGGGUAUACGCACAAUUGGCUACGGUCAUAAUUGCGAUGCACUGGGAUGCAAAAAUAUACAUGCACCCAUUAGCGAGGCUCARGGUAAUACCUUAUUGACUAGUGAUCUGGUUCAAUUUGAAAAUUGUGUUGAACGAUUGGCACCAAAAUUAAGUGAUAAUAAAUUUGCCGCGUUGGUAUCGUUUAGUUUUAAUCUGGGAUGCGGUGCCCUGCAAACAUCUACCCUGCUCAAGUAUGUCAAAGCUAAAAACUACUCGGCCGCGGCCWACGAGUUCGGCAAAUGGGUUCACGCGGGCGGUAAAGUAUUGCCCGGUCUGGUCAAGCGUCGGGCCGCCGAAAAGGCCCUGUUUCUCAAGUAGACUACACCCACUCACCCCCCCCUAUCUAUAGUCUACAUGAGCUACCCGAGUAUAUAUAUAUAUCUAUAUAACAAAAACAAAAAUUA